GUUAGGAUUUAUUAUUUUAAGAUUAGUAUUUCUGUGUUUAUAGUCAGUGGGUGAGUGAGUGUAAUUGUGAACCACCAGGUGGUUAUCAUGUAGUUAGUUGUCGGGGUGGAUCAGGGAGAUAAGAUGUUUUCUAACUGUAGUUUUGAAAGUGAUGAAUGUGUCUGCAGUUCUAGAGUUUUCAGGUAGGGUGUUCCAGAUUUUAAGUCCUUUGAAAUACAUUGAAUUUUUGUAAAGGUUUAGUCGAACACGGGGAAUGUCAUAGAGAUGUUUGUGUCUGGUUUUAUGCCUGUGGGUUCUGUCACAACUAUCAAGAAAGCAUUUUAGGUCAAGGUUAAUAUUGGAAUUUAAGGUCCUGUAGAUAUAGAUUGCACAGUAGUAAGUGUGGAUGUUCUGAACAGGGAGUAAGUUUAGAUCUAUGAAGAGUGGGGGGGUGUGUUGCCAGGGAUGGGAUUUAGCGAUUAUUCUUACUGCGGCUUUUUGUCGGGUUAUUAUUGGCUUUAGGUGUGUUGUUGAUCAACCAGGCUGUUACUACUGGCUGCACACACGUACGAACCACAGCCCGGUUGGUCAGGUAGUGAUUUUAGGUUCCUGUCCAGCUCCCUCUUGAAGACAACCAGGGGUCUAUUGGUAAUCCUCCUUAUGUAUACUGGGAUGCAGUUGAACAGUCUUGGACAGACUACUAACACUUACUGUGUUAACUCAUUAACUCGUAGUGUACUCAGAGCAUAGCAAAGCAUUUCGGACAAAACUAAUAAUAUAUACGUAUUUAUGAAGGUGCCUUGAUGCCACUGAUGGACUCUUGAUCCAGGGUAUUGGAGUUACUAUCUACUGUCUCCCUUUCCCCAGUUUCAGGUUGAAAUAUCAAAAUGUCAGCUGUACAAACUUGCCUUACUGACCCAAAAGAAACAGGUCAGAUACUAUUUUCAUCUCUGCUGAUCCUUGGUCUUGAUGCUACUGCUCUGGAGCACACACUACGAACACCAGUAAACCAGAAAAUGUUUGUUCAUAUGAAUAAGAGAUUAGGAGAAACCAUACUACAUUUUUUAUUUGUGUGUAUUGAUCAAGAGAAGGCAGCAAAGGUGUUUCGAGACUGCUGGCCAUUUAUAGACAAGAAACAAGAGGCCCAGUUUCACAAGGCAACAUUUGAAUGGUACAAGUCCCUUCAGCAGAGUUAUGGGCAGCCAUUACCAGCUGUUGUGGCCAAAACUUUCAUGGCUCCUGGUGGUCCCAAGUUCACCUCAACAGUGAUGACACUCACACGCAUAGCUUUACACUCUUCAAUUGCCAGGAAAGCUCCAGAUUGUACCCUGCUUCAUUUUCCAUCUCACAGUCGCAAUUCCAAGUUUAACCGGAAAACAUUAUUUUUGCUGCAAGCAUCAAAGUUUGCUCAUCAUCAGAAUUUUAUCACGAAGCAGAGGACUCGUCAGGAAGUCUUGAGGAGUCUUAGAGACAAAGCUAAGGAGUUAUCAAGCAUGUAUCGCAGACAUUAUUCUGAGAAUGAAAAAGCUGUUCAAGAAUUGCAAGAAGCACUGAACAACAAUAAGAGACUGAGCCAGCACCAGAAAGAUGCUUUCUUCAUGGCUCCAUUAUCUGCAGUUCAAAAGGAGAUUCUUGAUGACCUAGCAAAGAUGAAGAAUUCUACCGGUAAAUUAUGGGAACAAGUAGAAAAGUUUCGACUGAUUGAAGAAGCAUCCUGGAAGAUUUUCGCCCCCUUACUAGAUGGAACAACAUUUCUUUCACACAUAAAUGGCUCAAUGUACUCCCCACAAGUUCCUGAAAUGGUGUACAAAACUCAUUUUAACACUAUAAACAAGAUGGGGCUUCAUGGUCUCUAUUUUGAAGACAAGUUAGACCUGUUGAGCUUGAUGCAAUAUUCCAACCUGGCUCUAAGCUGCCUGCUGGACACAAUACGCACCACUCACUGCAAGGCCAAGCCAGAAUCUACAGAAGAACUGAAUGUUCAGUUAGGCCGAGUAACGAGUUUAAAUGAAACGGUUAAUAAUCUGAAUAGUCAGCUGAAUAUUCUUUUACCUUCAUUAAUGGAAAAUGUUGCUACAUAUCGGCGUCAAAUUUCAAACACCUGGCCAUCGAUUGAUUUACUUGAUUUGGAGGGGAAACCUCAUCUGUGCCCACCAACACCACCACUUAGCCUUAUAAAUUCUCCUGUGGCCAUCAAGGCUGGCACCAAAUUUUGUUUACUUCAGCUCACCCCAGGUAUGCAGACCUCUCAACAUGGUUUAAAUAUGACACCUAAUAAGCUGGUGUCUACCAUUGGCAUCAGACAAGCAGUCAAGAAGUCACCUAAAGCUGAUGUGGUUUACUCCCAUUCUGCACAUAAUGAUUCUAUCCAGCUAAUGGCUGGGAAAAACACAAGCAGACGUGUUUCUGAGGCUGGCUUGACCAUGGCUCUGCUGACAGUAGACUGUCGUGGACGGUAUCAAAGAAAGAGACAGGAAGAACAAGAGUUGUUGCACAGUAGUCAUAAUCUUCAUAAAAAGCAAGAAUAUAAAUCUCACAUACCUAAAAGAUGCCUGAUAUCCAAGAACUUUGUAAAUUCCUCUGCAGUCAACAUGAAGGCAAAUAUAGAUAAAAUGGAUGAAUCAGGGGUUGAAAAUCUUGCCAAUGUAAAUCUGAAUGAAGAAAUAAGCGCUGUAACUAAGUGUAAUAAGAAUAGGAAAGAAGAGUUUAAUAAUUCUUUACUUGAUAAACUAGUAAAGAACAUUGCUGACGAGGGCAAUGAUAGUGGUGCUGAAGAGCUCCUUGAUGUUCCUCUCUGGGAUGAGGCUAUGAAAGGUGCAUCUACAUCUGACUCAGGCUGUGUGGAAAUUUCUUCUGAUUCUGAUACCUUACUGAAUGCAGUAGAGCAGAUGGACAUUACACCAAAGCAUGAAUGUUUUAGCAUUAAUGUAGACAACAAAUUUUUAAAAGGCAUUCCACACUCUACAAGAAAAACACUCUCUCCAUUACAUGGUGCUAGUCCAAGAAUCAGUUCAUUUUCUAGAGAAGCACGAGAAAGGUGGAAACUACCGACAGAAGGAUCACCCAUUCACUUUCCUCAGUUCAAAGAUUCAACACAAUAUGGAGCACUUCUAUACUCUAAACAUGCAUCGGAUAAAAAUAGAGUUAGUAACUCAUGCAGGAUACCAAACAAACAGGAGGUUGCAUGUGUGAGUAAACAGAAUACUGAGCAAACAAACAUAAUAAAUGAAUCUUCACAAAACCUCCUAGAAAAAAUGUCCUUUCUCAUCCAAAAUCCAAUUAAGGAAAACACCUCAACUAAAUCUUCUAGAACACUUACAAAGUUUGAUGGCUUGAAGUUUUCUUUAGGAGACAAAAUCAGUAGUACAGAAAGACUAACAUCUGAUGAGCAUAUCAGCCAAAGUAGUACUUUAGAGAAACUCAGAUAUCAUUCAAAGGCAAAUUUAAAUUUAAUAAUGGAACAAGCACAACAAAUGAAACUUAAGCAGCCUUUGAGAGCAAGAAAAUGUGAAUCAAAAUCAAAUUUUAUGUCAUUUGUUGAGAAACUGAAAAAUGGAAAAGAUGUAGAUAAAAAAUUAUCAAAAAAACAACCUAAGCAUACAGUAGACUGGACUAAUCCAGAUAAUACAGAACUUGUGUGUACCACCAGCCCAGUGGAAGAACUUACAUCUUCCCCAGAAUCUAAUAAAUAUGGAGAUAAAACAAAUGUAGAUAUUUAUCAGGAAUGUGAUAACAUUUUCAAGAGAAUGCAAAGCCUUUUAGGAGAUGAUGAUGAAGAUACAUUUACAGAGAGCAAUUUGGAAAUGCAGAAUAUUGAGGAAACCCACGAAGCAGAAGAAACCUUUGCUAAUUCUGCAGAUAAUGAGGACAUAUUAAGCACUCCUGGUCGUAAAUCUUCAUACCUGCCUGACAGUUCUGUGUUUGACACACUUACAGACUCUAUACUUGUGGGCGAGUCUGCUUUGUCUAUUCUAAAUGAUGAUGCUGCGAAGAUGGAUAUUCGCAGAGGUGGGUCCUAUAUAAUGCAGGAUGUUAAACUUUUUCUAAUUUUUUGUUUCAUUAUGAAUACUGUAGUGAUGGGAUGAGUUGAUAGUGACAGAAGAAAUUCUUGUACUAUUACUGUUUCAACUUGCUCAUCUAGCCUUUCUGUUCCCUUUAUUCUUUCAUGGGAUCUUUCUCAUAUGUUCAAUACUCUUAGCUUUAUCCUUCCUUUAGGAAGGUUUUCUGUUAAUCAUUUGUAACCAUUAUACUUAAAGUUUGCAUUUUUCAUGCCAUCCUAUCAUCCAUCAUUAUAUAUAAACCAUUGUAAAAUAAUGUAUUGCUCUAAGUAUUAUUAUUAUUAUCAUGGGGAGCGCUAAACCCAUAGGAUAAUACAGCGCCUGUGGGGGAGGGGAUGGAAGGCAUUCAGGCUUAAUUUAGGGAACUGGAGCACAGAUCCAAUUCCCUAGAUCAAGAGCCCCUCACCAGUGUCAAAGAACCUACCUUGAGGGGUUAUUGCUCUAAAACCUUUCUUUUAGGCAAUAAACAUCUCAAUGUGU